GGGGGUGCCUCGACCACUUGGACGGGCGUAAGGUUUCCUUGAGGAUCUUAGGCCGAGUUUGGAACAGCCAAGUAGAGAGAGAGACUACUCCAGAAAUCAACCAGCCAUGUCGGACGCGGUGAUUAGUUUCAUGAAGGACUUUUUGGCCGGUGGCAUUGCCGCUGCCAUCUCCAAAACAGCUGUCGCUCCCAUUGAGAGAGUCAAGCUGCUGCUGCAGGUGCAGCAUGCCAGCAAACAGAUCACCGCCGAUAUGCAGUACAAAGGCAUCAUUGACUGUGUUGUCAGAAUCCCGAAGGAGCAGGGCUUCGUGUCCUUCUGGAGAGGCAACCUGGCCAACGUGAUCCGUUACUUCCCCACCCAAGCCCUGAACUUCGCCUUCAAAGACAAGUACAAGAAGAUCUUCCUUGGUGGCGUGGAUCAGAAGACACAGUUCUGGCGCUACUUUGCUGGGAACCUGGCGUCGGGCGGCGCCGCAGGGGCCACUUCGCUCUGCUUCGUCUACCCACUCGAUUUCGCUAGGACGAGGUUGGCCGCCGACAUCGGCAAGGGCCCAGCGGAGAGGGAGUUCACCGGACUCGGAAACUGCAUUGCCAAGAUCUUCAAAACCGAUGGCCUCAAGGGUCUUUACCUCGGGUUCAACGUGUCGGUGCAGGGCAUCAUCAUCUACAGGGCGGCUUACUUCGGAUGCUUUGAUACAGCAAAAGGCAUGCUGCCAGACCCCAAGAACACACACAUCAUUGUCAGCUGGAUGAUCGCCCAGACCGUCACGGCUGUAGCAGGUCUCGUCUCGUAUCCUUUUGACACCGUCAGACGUCGUAUGAUGAUGCAGUCAGGACGUAAAGGAGCUGACAUUAUGUACAAGGGCACAAUUGACUGCUGGAAGAAGAUCCUCAAAGAUGAGGGAGGUCGGGCCUUCUUCAAGGGAGCCUGGUCCAACGUGAUCAGAGGCAUGGGUGGUGCUUUUGUGCUGGUGCUGUAUGAUGAGAUUAAGAAGUUCACCAAAUAAGCACACUCUCCCAGAACCUCAAGGAAAUCCAUUCUUUGUUCAAGUCUUAUUAUUAUUAUUUUUUGUGAUAUGGUGACACCGACCUGGUGAAUUAAGAAUCUGGGUUUGUAGGUUAUCUUUCCUGUGCAGCAGCAGGGGGAGAACGGAUAAGUGUACUUGACCUGGGUUUAUGCCUCAUCAGAAAUGUGUAUAUAUAAUAUUAUCAACCAUCUGCAAAAAGGAAGUCUCUAGGUUUCAACAGCUGGUGGACGUGAUGUGAGAACAGAUUAUGAUACAGGCCAAAUGUUCCUCCUGUUAGUGUUAAGGAGGGGCCGAGGCCCUUAUGAUACGCUGUGACCACCUUAAACAUUAAUUUAUUAAGAAUAAAGACUCAGUCUAUA